AUGGAGAUAAUGGCAACAAAGACAUCAAAGCCAUGGGGUACAUCCAUGUGCAGUGAGAUAGAAACUAUGUACUUUCCCAAGAACAUACGCAAAAUAUGAAUUAGAUACAUAUAGAUGUGUGGUUUAAGGGGUACAAAGUUAUGGAUACUAAGCUUAAACUAAUCACCACCCUUUCCCAAGGACUACCUCAAAUUGCUAUUUUUAAAAGCCAAUUUUCCUAUAACAUUGACGUUUCGGAACUACUCUUGGUAGCAGGAGAAAAAAAAUAAAAUCCGGUAGGUUGGCACAGCCAGCCUCUUUAAUAGCCAUUGGACAUUGUUUCGCCUCUCGGCGGCGCUGAUGCGUGCCAGACAGCAAAGAGCGGACAGGCUUUGUGAGGACUUAUGCCGGGAAAAUUAAGUGUAAUUCGCGUGAAUAUGUUACUAUUUGUGUCGAUACAGAAGGUGCUUCAACCAGCAAAAAAAGGAGGAAAGAGGUCAGGCAGUGGAAGGAGAGCUAUACUGGAAACAAUACAGUUUUUCAAUAAUCGAUACCCGAAGUCUAAUACUACGCGAAUGAUGGACUGCGGAUGAUGUUUUUCCGCGAACUCGCGCCUUCGGCAACUUCGGUAGAUAUAGGCUCUGGCCAAUGAAUCUCUUAAUUCUAGUAAGAACCCCUAUCACUACCAGUUAACAAUAAUUCCGCUUCGAUGCAAAGUCUGAAGAAAUUUUCCUUUUAAACGGCAGAAAGGACUUAUAGCUUUCAGACAUGAUAACAGCUUGAAAACAAGAGUUGAAUUAAAAAGAAAAAACAACAAUCUCUCUGCCUUUCGGUGAGAACUAAUCUUGGUAGACUUGAUAACAAAUAAGUGAUUUCGGAAUUGUACGAAACUGCACAGUGUGCUUUUAAAAUCAAUUGGUUUUGAAAUUGUUAAUUUGGGUAACGAGAAGAAGUCGACAUGAAGUGUCAUCAAUCUCGCGCCUUCCGCUCUAGUCUCAAAUUACUUUUUCUUUUUAUCUCUGAAAGUUUAAAGAAUACUUUAAUUGUAGUAAGAACCCCUAUCACCAUCAGUGAACAAUAAUUCCGCUCCGAUGCAAGUGAACUCUAAAGAAAUUUUCCUUUUAAACGGCAGAAAGGACAUAGCUUUUAGACAUGAUAACAGCUUGAAAACAAGAAUUGAAUAAUAAAAACAAAACAAUCUCUAGCUUUGGAAAGAACUAAUGUAAGUAGACUUGAUAACAAAUAGUUGAUUUCGGAACUGUACGAAACUGCACAGUGUGCUUUUAAAAUCAAAAGUGGUUUUGAAAUCGUUAAUUUGGGUGACGAGAAGAAGUUGACAUCAAUCUCGGGCCUUCCGUCCUAGUUUCAAAUUACUUUUUGCUUUUAUCUCUGAAAGUAAAAAAGGAAAAAAAAAAAAGAAAAAUACCAGAAGUUGAUAGAUCUUUAUUUAUUUUUUUAAGAAGAUAUUGAAUUUUCAGGGAAUCGAAAACACAAUUUUUUUUUUCCUUCUGUAAUACCUUAAUUGGUAAUAAGGCGCCGUGUCGUCCAAUUCGGUCUGUAAUCAUACUUGUGAUAAACGAAUCGGACUCCCGCUGCACGGUCGAUCGAUUUUGUUAUCACUCGUAUAAUUACAGACCGAAUUUGACUCCACUCAGUCCCAUUACCAUUACUAACCUCUUUUUGGGUACGGUUUUUUCCUUACAGUUAAAAAAAAAAAAAAACCACAUAAAACAUAUGACAUAUAUAGGCAUGUUAUUGAGUAACCUUUCAAAACGCUUAGUACGAAAAAUUCGGAGGACUUGGUGACUUCUAUUGAAUUAAUAACGCUGUCUUUGACAAAAUACAUUACAAUUUAAAGAAUCAACCGGUUCAAUCUCAAGUUUCAUUGGCUGAAAGAAAGACAAGCAGUUUUAGUCGAAAAGCAAAAAAUUUUGUCUUGUCGUAAGAUUAGUUUUGCUAUUAUUUAUUUUUGAGCGGAGAAUGAUGAAGGGGAAUGAGUAGGAACCUUUCUUUCUUGGGAAAUCGAUUUUUAGACUUUAGUGCUAUUAGGCAGAUGUUAUUAAUCAUUAAUUAACCUGCCUAGACGAUUAGAUUUAAAUAAUGUAGUUUCCCCCAAUGGAUUGAGUACCUAAAAGAUAAGGUGACAAACACGUUUCGUUGGCGCCACACCAAUAGAUAGCCUCCUAGAAAGAAAACAACAAAUUGAACCCCGCGUAUUAUUGGUUGGAAGAGAAUCACAAAGGCUCGAUUAAAGUGGAACACGUUCUAAAACAGGUUUUCAGAUCAGCUUGCUAAUCUCGCGUGAAGUUGGUACAGAAUCCAAUGUGCGUCAUGGAAAAUACGAUCUGUCCUCUUCUGUCUCUGUUCCUUCUGUUGUCUGCCUCUGUCUCGUCUCAAGGUUAGUUUUUCCAGAGCCUUAUUUUGAGUGAAGGAUGGUGAGGGUAAAUUAGUAAUAUAUGCAGAACGAUUCUCAUUAAUCACACUUGUCGGUUAACACCUGUCAUUUCUCUAAAUUAGACAUAAGUUUUCUUAUCUUCACCAUAGAAAUCCCUUUAUUCGCAGUUUAAAACCUCCAUAAAUUCCUUUACUUCCUAUCGGAUAAAAUUAUGGGUGGAUCGAUGUCUUCAUUUUCUCUCAAUUCAUAUGGGUUCGUGUAAACAUUUGUCCGCAACUAAUUACCUACCAGAUUAUAAAGCUAAAAAAUCAUCAAGAACAGAGGUCAACAUUUGACGGAAAUUGAAAGUUUAGAAGUCAUCAAAAUCGAGCAAGUUCGCUGGCUGUAUUCUGAAAGAUUUGUCAUGUUGUAUUCUGAAAGAUUUGUCAUGUUGUAUUCUGAAAGAUUUGUCAUGUUGUAUUCUGAAAGAUGUGUCAUGUUGUACGUGAAAUCGCUAUUGCCAAUUAAUCGAUAACCCGAGGGUAAUUUACCUAAACCAACCAUUGCAAGAUAUUCAGUUCGUUUAAUCAAACCUUGUGAUAAAACAGAGGCUUCUAGAGUAGAGCUCAGAGUUUAGGCUUUCAUAGCUCAUGUUUUUAUCGUCUCGACCAUGUCACACUUCAUCACAAUGAACACAAACGGUAGAUCGCCAAAUAUCACGCAUUAAAUUUUUAUCACAGAACCACCAACCAGUCGACCGUUACUCUUAAACUAAUCGCACCACAAGAAUGCGCACUGAAAUGAUAUUUAAAAAAACACAAAAAAUGCCCUUGGAAGAGGGGUAUGUAUGGGGGAUCAGUAUUCUCAGUUUAUAUUGUUAUGUAGCAUUUAGUAAGUUUCUAAUUAAUAAGUCAGUUAGUUAUAGUCAGUUCAGUAUGAUUUAAUUUUUCAUCUAUAUUUACAACGUAUUUACGGUAUGAAUUCGAAUUCCGAAGUUAUUAAGGUUUGAGCUGUCGUGAUAAGUUUACAAAGUGUCACAGCCUCAAGUGGACGUGCUUAGUUUGUUCACUGAUCUUGCUUUAGACUUAGCCGAAAGUUCUUGUUUUGAUGAACGCAGUCAGAUGUUGAUUCAGUUUAACGAAAGCAUCAUGAUUUAAUACUUUGUUUUUCGGAUCGAAAGUCUUGUGAAAUUGUGUGGUUUAGCGUUCUAAAAACAAGUGUUUGAUUUCUUAAGGUCAGCCAGCUAGCACGCCCACCCAUAUCUGUCAGUUGUGAAUAUAUGAGCCUGUUCUUUACAGUUUACUUAGAAGAGAGUGGCAAGAAGAGAGAAAAAAUAAUAUAGAAAAUAGAGAAAAGAGAAGACUAGAAGAAUGUAGACAGCGUGCAAAAGAGUAGAGUCAGAAUUCCGUAGUUGAAGAAGAAGUAUGCAGUGAGAAUCAAAGUUUGAGGGCUAUGAAAAUUAACCAGAGUUACUCAAAAUGCUAAUGUAAAAGACCAUUCAAUCAUGCAUACCUCAAGCAAGCAAAAAAAACUUCUGUAAAAUGACACCGCUAUUCCAAAUUCCAAAAGAAGAUGAUUACGAAGAACCGAGUAAUAAUAGAACGAUUUCUCUACUGCCUGUUUUAACUCUCAUUUUAUGUAAAGACUCCCAUUCAAUCAAAGCGGAGAUAAGGAAUGGCUCUCAACUGAAAAUUCAUUAGUGUCUUUUAUGAAUGCUUCCUUACGAGCGAUUGACCAGACUGUAUCUAUGUAAGUUAUCAACCGGCAAUCGGUGAGAGAUACAAAACCGAGGGCUACGUGGAUGACAUCAAGCUACUUUUGCCUUACAAGGUUGGAGCAAACCACAUCAUCCAUAACGAUUUACAUCUAAGCCGUAAUUGGUCUUUAAAAUUGUCUUUGCUCAACACGGAAAAGACUAAGCUUGUGGUCUUUGGCAGUCUCCCGACGAACCGCGGAUUACAGAGUUCCAAGCUCUCGUGCUCGGAAAGCAACUCAUGAUAAUAAUAAUAAUGAUAAUAAUAAUAAUGAUGAUGAUGAUAAUAGUGGUGAGAAUAAUAUAGGAAAGGACAGAUAUCUGACCGAUCUGAUAACAAAUAAACAUUCAGUCAGUUAAAACCGCUACUGGCCAGAAAUCAUUCCAUCGAAAGAUAGGGAACGUAAGGAAUUCAUUUGAAAAAGAUUCACAACUGUUUAAAGGUCCUACUAAUUUAAGCAAAUUAAAAAAAAGGGUUUAGCUAUUUUUGAAAUCAAGACUAAUUGCAACAUUGGAAAACCUUUUUGCGGGAUUGUGCAAUAAAUUUUCAUUCAAAUCAAUAAUACCUGCCCUAGAGCAUUGUUUUUUUUCAUUUCGCCGCCCAAAUUUUCAAUCUAAGCCUGCAGAAGAAUGAUAAUAGCCACCUGGAAAUUGUGUAGAAUAAAUAAAAUCAUCUAAUUUUCUUCAAUUUUAUUACAGUGCUGAGGGCAAAACAUAUUUGGCACAUCUUAUAAAUUUAGCGUCAACUAUAUCAGCAAAUUAAAGGCUUAUUUCUCUCCGUUUAGUUUCUUCCUAAAUCUAAAUCUAGAUCUAAGAAUAUUUUCAGACGGGUGCCACUGUUCGUUAAAUUUAUUCAUUAAUCAUUAAUUGCCUUUUAAAGAAGACGAGCGAAGUCAUUUGAAUAAUUAAGUCUCACUCUUUGAAUAAAAUUCAUAUUAGCACCGAUAGUAAUUGUUUUUUAUUUAUUUUAUUUGUUUUAUUUUUUUUUCAAUAUUAUGAAGAAGCAGCAAAAUUUUAUUAAUAUUUCACUGGUCAAACGGAAAUGGAAAAUUUUUGUUGAAUAGAAGAUUAUGAAGAGUGUUCACAUAAGUGUUCACCUCCCUGAGGAUUUUAUUCUCGGAAAGUGUUCCGCACCAUGAAAAUUUUACAUUCUAUGUGUGUUCUGCUAUUGUUAAACGGUAUCGUGACUGCCUUUGUCACAUCGCAAGGUUAGUCUCUGUAAUCACUCCUCUCUGAUUGAAAAAAAAAGUGUUAGGGAUUUUGAUCUUCCAUAAUCACAUCUAGCCCAAAUAUCUGCUAUUUUUAAGAGGAUAUGUCUUGUUAGUUUUUUAUCUUCAUUAUCAAUACAAUUUCGCUUAGCUGCAUCUCGGCAUGAAAAUCAUCAUUUUGAAAACCAAUUUCUUUAAAUUCCUUGACCAAGUCAAUUUUAGGUGGAUAAAUCGAUGUACAGAAAGAGUCUUUUGCAACAGUAAACAUAAGAAGUGACAGGUUAUGCAGUAAAAUUGCAUGUGCUUUCAAGUUUCAUCUAGUCUCUAUCUGUUUUAGUAUGUACUGGAUUCGUCCAAGAGGAAGCUUCAUAUCGUGAAUGUUGUCGUCUGAAUGAAUGCAAAGACUCAUCCUUUUAUUGCGCUGCUCCUCUAAUGUGUCCACUGUAUCGGUUGGCUUGGUAAUAACCAUGAUCUCCGACAAAAAGUCGAUUAAUCUGUCAUGGUUAAGUGAGAGACACAAGUUAUCAACUCAACUCAAUAGCUUUUGAGUAGUGUUUAGAAGUCCUACCAAGAGGUCCCUUAGCGGUGCAGUCGUUAAAUAGUUCUUUUUGGGCCGAGAGUUCACCGAAUUGAGCCAUUAUCAUUGCCCAAUAAUUUUACAACGAGAUUUAGCUUGACACCGUGAACUGGAAGUACGCUGAAAUCUGAAACUUGCUACUUGACAGGCAGCUUCAUUAGCUGGUUUCACUGAUCUGGACUUACUCUCAGAUGUAAUAACUUCGCUAUUCAAUCCUCUUUACUUAAUUUACAGCUUAAGCGUCUGGUUGAAAAAAAGCAGAACUUAUUUGAACUUCUUCGAAUUAGUUUGAAUUUACUGGCGAUGAAAAAUAUAAUUAUUCAAUGACAUUACCGAGAUCGGGGGGUUUGCUAUCGUAAACUUCUUAAUUAAAGAUACUGUAGUACGUUUCUCCGCAAGAUGAAUGGAUUGUAUCAUCCAAUUCUUCCUCUGGUGGCAGUAUAAAUCAGGGAUUAAUAGACGAACGACUACAAGGUUUAAAUGCUUUAUCGAUUAAAAUUCUAAAAUGAAUGAAUGAAACAUCACUAGGUCGUGACACAUGGAAGUCGAUGACUGGCCCUGAGGCCUCGUUACAAGAUAAUUGUAACAAGGAAGGGUUCAAUGCUGCGGUUAAGGAUCAGUUUUCCAAAGCAAGAAUUGGUAUAAUUGCCAAUACCCAAAAAGAGUGCGAAUCCUGUGAUUCCAGAAUUGGCUUUGGCACAGGUGGCUCUCCUGACAACUCCAACACCUGUGGAGUUGUCAGGAGAGGGUUUCCCAAAUCGAAUUUGCAAAAUCUCGUUUCCUAUCAAAAGCAACGAUUUGCUCGUUCUUAGUAAUAGAGAGGGACAUCUUAAUUUUAUGAAGUUAUCUGUAAGGACGCCAAAUGAUGGAACACUUAGCACUUUUCGAACAAAGUGAUGUGGGAGUUCUUUAGACUAAAGAUUUUAUAUUUUGAGCUUUCCACAGACUAAACAUUUUAUAUUUUGAGCUUUCCACAGACUAAACAUUACAUUUCAAUCUUUUUUAACAAAAAAAUAAUGCAGUCAAAAGUCGUUCAUGCACUCAUGAAUAAGAUAUUGGCGGAACAAAUUUCAAUUCCUUACCGAAACACCGAAAGGAAGACAUCGGAAAUAGCCCGUGUUUUGCGAAAUUCACGAAAGAAAAUUGAUAAUGUAAUGGAAUUAUCUGUAAGGACGCCAAAUAAUGGAACACUUAGCACUUUUCGAACAAAGUAAUGUGGCAAUUCUAAAGACUAAAGAUUUUAUAAUUCAAGCUUUCCAAGCCUUCUCCGUUUGACAGCGAAGUUUUUGUUUAUAUAUUUAAGUUGCGUCACGUUGUUCCUUUGCGUGGUUCAAAGUUCGCAUAGGCACAGACAAAUUACCUCUGUAAGAUCUUUUUGAAAAAGUGCCUACCACUACCGUGAACCAAAUCCAAAAUCUAAAGCUGACAAAUCGAUUUCCUUCGUUAGUUAAAUAUACAUAUAUGACGGUCUCAAUAAGGGGGAUGGCUUUUACGGGUAACAGUUCAAGUUUUGGUCAUUUUACAGCUAAUGAUUUAAAUUCGUCAAUUAUUGUGCUUAACGGCUAUUUUUUUUUCUUCCUUCCUUGGUAGGGCUGACGGUAAACCCCAUUGACACGCUCUUGUAUUCUUAUACCACUUAAAUGUGAUAUUAUUAUCAAUCCGUUUUAUUCACGUUGUCCUUGGGAAGCGUUAGCGAACAUAAAUUCCUAGAUGUAUCUGUUUUUCCCCAAAUUAUAGAAAAAUGAAUAAUUAUAUUUUCUCAACCGACAGGAACGGUCACCUUGGAAACCGAGGAUAAUCAAGAAACUUCACCACAGAUGUCUAGUCUGCUUUCCUUGGACAGGUUUCGAUAUUUGAAUGCUCCUAAACUUGACGAAAUCAUUACAUACGACGACUUUGAAUGCAUGUUUAGGUGUCUUCACCAUCCUCUGUGUGUUUCCGUGAACCUAGUUGCCAAAGGUGAACUGCGGUGCGAGUUACUGUCACCUCAUGAGAACAACAAUCCUAUCGAGUACGAAGAAAAUAAGAAUGCGCAUCAUUCUCAGCUUUUGGUAAGGGAUUAUCUUGAUCUUUAACUCAAACCGAUAGCUUAUUUGCAUCAAUGAAGUCCAAACGAAGAAUUUUCCUAAACUCUGUUUCACAUGGUAAGCGAGGAAAAUGCAAAUGCAUUGGGCAUAAUGUUCCUCACAAAGAACACGAGGUCGAGCUAUAAAAGGUCAUAACCUACUAAAUUAAUCAUUCAUUUUUAUCCAUUACAUUCUAGCUAGUUCUUCAGUAUUGUUCCCCAUUCUGAUGGCCCAAUUAUGAUGAAACAAAACAUGGGUUCAACUAUUUUCAUAUCAAAUCAAAAUGAUACCUGUUUAUCCCUACGUUUUAGUAUCAAUUUAGAGUUUUUGUAUAUGGAAGGAGGGUCUUAAAAGAACCUCACAUUUUCAGAAUGGUGAAGGUUUAUAAGAUAGAAGUUAAUUGCUUUAAGGGUUUAUGGUUAUUUAUUUAUUUCUGCUUCAGAAUGCUUGUGUAAGAAAUCCCUGCAAAAACAAUUCCACUUGCCGAAGCGAUUUUACUGGAAAAGGUUAUAUCUGUUUGUGUUCAACUGGGUUCAAGGGCCCGACUUGUCAAGAAGGUAAGACACGUUUUCAAUACUAAAAAAAUUAUACAAAAACAAACGAAAAAAAACACACGUGGACAUCACAGUUCGUGACGUAUUGCUCGAAACUCUCGGGUUUAAGGUCUAUAUAAUGUUGCAAACAAGUUUGGGUGGGCUUUUUAUAUCCUGGGGAUGGGAGGCGCUGAUGAAAAGAUUAAAAAAGCCUACACGAUCAUGAAGUUGGAAGCUAUUGCCCAUGUUAUCGACUAAUAAAGCAAAGAAAACUUUUUUCAGAUGUUGAUGAGUGUGCUGAGGGAUCACAUAAGUGCAGUGUUGAUGCUGUGUGUAACAAUACCAAGGGAUCUUUCAAAUGCAUAUGCAAACCAGGAUACCAUGGAGAUGGAUUGACGUGCGAGGGUAAAAUUUUCAAAUUUUCUCAUCCUUUUUAAUCCAAUUUAGCCAGCAUGGUAAUUAUCGAUCAGAAAUGUCUUUACAAUCAAGACCGACGGUUCUACUGUGAGAAUACCAUCUGCGACUUUGACAGGUGUUUCGUUCACUGUACACCACGAAGUUGCUUUUUUUUUGGCUUCCCCACUCAAGUUUAUAGUAUGUAAUAAGUACGAGAUUUAAAUAAACUUAUUAAGAUUGCUUAUCAAGCUACCAGUUUCACCCCAAAAUGCUAUUAAAUUAGCUUACAUUUGCUGAGUAAAAGUUUUUCGUCAGUUUUAAACGAAAUGUUACUUGUUCUGUGUAAUAUGCGUAUCAAGGCAUUAUCAGAUUGGGGUGGGUAUAUACUGAUCCAAAUACACCUCAACAAUACGCGAAAUACCCAUGUAAUUCUGUACUUCUCCUUAUUUUAGGUCCUUUCUCUCAUUCGUGCACAGAAAUUUACAAAAGUCAAAGGUACGUAAAAAUCGAUAAUUAUUUUUAGUUAAGUGUUAGGGUUGUGAAAGAAAACCCUAAAAAUAAAUCUAGAGGAUGCUGAACGUCUUCUCGAAAGAGUAAAAUUAAAACUAUACAGUAGAACCUUAACUGACGGUCCCUUGCAGACCAAGAAAUCUGGCCAUUUUAAAAUAAAGGUCGUUAUAGAAGGUUGGUUUGACAUUGCAUCUGUUUUUACAAAAAUCAGGUCUUUUUUGUCUUUCAAAAUCUUUCGUUACUGCGGGAGUAAACCAAGUUUUACCAUUCAGAAGAAAAUGCAUUUUGCCAAUAUAGAACGAAGAAGGCAUGUUAUGUGUUUCGCUAAAAUAAUUAACGACAACCAUGGUGUAUAUUCUUGUUAGCAAGAUGAAUCUGUCAAAGUUCCCCGCACGAGCCACUUUUUACUCAUUUUGCCAAUUUAUUCAUCAUUUCUCAGAUAUCAGGUCUACGUUGGAGACCUUGAAAAGCCUUGCUACGCGAUAAAUAUUCUUUUCUAUGCCAAAACGUUUCAAAUACUAAACAUAUCUCGAACUGGAAAAAGCUGCACGGCCCUGUGUGCUGUGAGAGAAUUGAACAAAGGAUCAAGAAGAGAGAGCGACACUAGGUCCCCAUGUCAUGGUAUACAGCCAAAAAGCCAGUUCAUAGUAACAUAGUUGUUACUCCACGUAAAUCAAUAAAUAAAUGAAACAAAUAAUUAACACGUAGAAAAAACGACUUAGCCUCAGUUCACAGGAGAAUAGAGCUUAUCAACUUCUAGUGGAUUAUGCGAAGGUCAAUGUUUACUGUCACAUGACUGAUGAACUUGACAGCUGCGGGGGUGGUGGAUGGACUAUGGUAAUGAAAAUGGCCGGCGAGAAGGUAUCUUGCUUCUCAUCACUAUUAAACUUGAUGCAAAUGUUCUAUUGAAAUGGAAAAAUUUAACAGGUGACCUGUUGAUGAAAGGAACUAUCAUCAGUAUGCGCGAUAUACUGUCCCUUAAUGUAUAUCAAAAUAAUUGAGUUGAUAAUGGAAAUUGGCCACCGACUGUAAAGAGUUUCAAAGCUUACUUAGCACCGACUGCACGGAUGACACUUUCCCCUUUUCAAUCUUCCUUGUAAAGGAUGACAUGACCAAGCUUUAUCCUUCGAACAUUGGCAACGUAAACCUAACGUGGAAUUUCAAAUUCAUAAAUGAAUUCAGACGAAUGUUUAGCCUCAAUAUUUAUUCACCUAAAAGACUGACCCAAAAAAAAAAGCAACCAGGAAAGCGAAAAACAACAAUAAUAAUGAUAACAGCCUUGAGGCUCAAUGCCGAAGGCCUCAAAUUUACGUAAACUAGACAGAUCAAGUUCCCCACUCUUGCUGUAAGAACAUUUCGAAUCAUUUUACCCGUUGUGAUUCUAAAAAUUAUUUCCAAAUCGAUUCAACCAUCAUUCAAUUAACUUCAAAUUUUCCAUCUACAUAGCCAAACUUCAACUAUGAUUCAGAACUUUGGAAUAACACUGAUGACUUCAAUCCUAAAGGUGGGGAGACUGGGUUUGACUUAAAUGAGACGAAGCUACCGACUUACUGGAAAACAUCGUUCUCUAAGAUUUGUCUUGGAAUGAAGCUCGGCAAUCUUUCAAGGUUCAUUGUCAUCAAAAAGGAAGCCAGCUCUUUGUACUCGCUGAUCGCCGACGGACAUUAUCGUAAAACAUCACUGAGUCGUGACACAUGGAAGUCGCUGAUUGGCACCGAGGCAUCUUUACAAAUAAAUUGCAAUAAGGAAGGGUUCAAUGCUGUAGUUAAAGAUCAGUUUUCCAAAGCAAGGAUUGGUAUCAUUGCCAAUAACCAAAAGGAUUGCAAAUCCUGUGAUUCCAGAAUUGGCUUUGGCACAGGUGGCCCUCCUGACCACUCCAACACGUGUGGGAACACUGCAAGACACGGAGGAGAAAAUGGCGACAAAGACAUCAAAGCCAUGGGCUACAUCUUGGUUCAGUGA